CACUGAGGUAGAGAGGGAGCAGGGGAGGGCAGGGAUGGAUGGCACUGAGGUAGAGAGGGAGUGGAGGAAGAGUGAUAAGUUAAGGACUGGGUUUGAUUGAAUCCAGGUACGUCCUUUCCUCUAGAGUGCAGGGUUGGUUUUUUAUGCCACUAUUGUCCCUGCAUGGUUGAUUAAUGGAUGUUGAAUUUGGGCUGCAGACCAGGAAUUUGAAUCCCAGAUAGAGAGAGGAAUAGACAGAGGACAUGGCAAAACAAGAGGCUGAAGGAGGAUAAUGCUCAGGGCUGUGCAGCAAGGAUGUGGCUCAGGGGGUAAGAAUGGGCUGUCCUUUCCCCCUUUCCUUUCUCUUGCCCAGCCCCUUUUCUUUUCUCCCCAAACACUUUGUUUCACAAACACACUUUCACACUGCUUCACAUACACAUUUUCAUACUGCCGCAAUCCACUCCUCUACUUGUAGGACAGACACCUAAAAGACAGGACCUGUAAAUCACUAAGAAAAAAAGAGGAGAGGGAAAGUGAGGAAGAGACAGCCCACGAAGCUGUACUAUAGCCCUGCAUCUUGACAAAGAUUUUCUGUUAGCAUAAACUGUGAAAGGGUGUCAAGGACUUACAACAUGAUACAAGUGAACAGAACUGUGGACUGUGGACUAGAGGAAGACUGAUCAGUGAGUAAUAUUAGAUUUUUAAAAUGUUAUUGUAUUUAUGAAUGUAGAAUGUAAAAACAAAUAUGCAAUACAUUCCAUAGAAAGACAGUACUGUAGAUUCUUCCUUCAUUCUUCCCUUGAACCUGCUGUAGUACAAAUAUAGGAUCUUAAUUUGAGCCAGUUUGAUACAGCAGGAAAAUAAUCAUGCAGCGACAGGAAAUGUACAUUAUUAUGUGAAUUAUAAUUAAUGGACACUUUUGCAAGGGUUGAUACAUUUUUGUAAAUCAAGUCUGCCAUUUCGAAGUGGAAAUUACAAUCUUCAGAAGCCUAUUUAAACCUCAAAUACACUACAAGUUAAACGUUGCAGGAAAGUUCUCUUCAACAGGGUGAUCAAAGAAAGAUCCUAUGUUGUUUUCUGCCAUUUUAUUUUUGGCUUUGAGGAUAAAAUGUACUGUAGUUCUGCAGUGCAAGUUUUAUUGAAAUGAUUGAUCAAUUGCUAAAUAUAAGCUACUCUUAAAAACCUGUUACUGCAGUGGGCUAAAUCGGGAUCACACGGAGGGAUUCUUGGUAGUCUUAAAACAAAUCUACUUUGAAACAAAAGUGUACACCUCACACAUGGUUAUGGGCUUACAAAAAAUAAGAUACCUGUACCAUGUUGAAAUGUAUAACAUUUUGAGUUUGCAUCCCAAUAUUAGACUUUAUAUACAUCACAGAAGACUGAAAUAUAACAAAACUGUUUGACAUAGAAACAGCAGAUUUUUGACAGUUAAAAAAAAAAAGAUUCUUUAUGAAAUGAUGACACAUAUUAAUAACGUUCCAUCCACGAGGACACUAGAUGGCGCUUUUGCUCAUUGACUACAGGAAAGGGAUCUGUCAACCAAUUUAAACCCUCCUGAAAGAGAAGGCUCAUCUGUUAAUCGUGUCACCUGCCAGGCUUUAGGGCCAAGAAUGGCCACAACAAACAGGUGUACAUAUCCACAUUUGAUUUUGGGACGGAUAUUAAUAUUAAGCUCAAGUCUGUUUUACAUUAUUGCACAAUAAUAAAACCUCUGGAAAAAAUGUAUCAUGGACUAAUAAAAGCUUAUGCACAGCUGUGAGCUGAAUCCAUUUAUACAUAGCUUCAUGUGGUGUCUGUAUACCUGCACCUGUGCCCUCCCAGGCCAUUGAGGUCAUAUCUCUGGCACCAUUAGUCUCUAUGGUAGUGUGGAAUUUAGGAAAGGAGUUCACAGCCCUCUUGGAGCCAGCCUAAUUGCUUUAAUCUCUCAGAGUGGUGAUGUGUUUUUUUUGCCAAUAUCAGCACGUGUCUGACUGGAUAUGGUGGUUCAGUCUCAUUUAUACUGAAGUGAAAACAGAGGACUUCAUGAUUCUGGAAUAUCACUUUGCUUCCCCUCCCUGUGUUGUUGGUCUUUGCCCGUACAUUUAUGUACUACUGACUCCGGUGUAUGUGUGUCAUUGUGAUCGAGUGACUCCACAGCAUUUGUUUGUCUGUCUGCUACCUGCUCUCUUGUUUGUUUGUGUGUGUUUAUGUGUAGCAUGCGGAGAACAUUUGUGUUGUUAUGCGUGUGUGUGAGUUUGUCCCUCUUCCACCAUACAAAGUCGCAAGCGCCUCCUGAAGGUGACAGCCUCACGGAGUGCACAGAUGGUUAUGAGUGGGAUGUUGGGAGUCAGCAUUGUAAAGAUAUCAAUGAGUGUCAGACCAUUGUGGAGGCCUGCCAGGGGGAGAUGAAGUGUUUUAACCACUAUGGUGGUUACCUGUGUCUCCCACGCUCUGCCUCUGUCAUCACCGCCCCUGAACCAUCCAGCCAAUCAGUGGCCAUCCUGCCGGUGGAGUCCAACGAGGCCUUCAGCCCCUGUCCUGUAGGCUAUGAUGCCCAGGGGGAGGGCUGUGUAGACAUGAACGAGUGUGUACUCGAUCUUCAUGACUGCCAGCCCAGCCAGCAGUGCGUUAACACUGUGGGCACCUACAGCUGCCAGUGUCCAGAUGGAUAUAGUAAAAUUGGUAUUGAGUGUGUGGAUAUUGAUGAGUGUAGAUACAGGUACUGUCAGCAUCGCUGUGUAAACAUACCUGGUUCUUUCUCCUGUGAGUGUGAGCCUGGGUUUCAGUUGGCUGCAAACAACCAUUCAUGUGUGGAUGUGAAUGAGUGUGAGAUGGGCGCCCCCUGUCAGCAGAAAUGUUACAACACAUAUGGCACCUUUCUUUGUCGCUGUGAACCGGGCUACGAACUGGGACCAGACGGACACUCAUGCAAUGAUGUAGACGAGUGCAGCUACUCCAGUUACAUGUGCCAGUUUCAGUGUGUUAACGAUCCAGGGAGGUUCUCCUGUAUCUGUCCAGAGGGGUACCAGCUACAGGGCACCAGACUCUGCCAAGAUGUGAAUGAGUGUGAAACAGACAUAGACCAGUGUGGAGAGGGUCAGACCUGUAUUAACAUCCAUGGGGGUUAUCAGUGCACCGAUUCCAACCGCUGUCGAGAGCCCUAUGUGCUGACAAGAGCCCUAUUGUCUGACAACCGCUGUGUUUGCCCGGUCAUCAAGCCUGAGUGUCGUGACCUCCCCUUCUCCAUCGUCCACCGUUACAUGAGCAUCACCUCAGAGCGCUCUGUCCCCUCAGACAUCUUCCAGAUCCAGGCCACCCGCGUCUACCCUGGAGUCUACAACACCUUCCGCAUCCGCUCUGGGGACCACAAUGGGGAAUUCUACAUACGGCAAAUGAACAACUUCAGUGCUGUGCUGGUCCUGGACCGUGCUGUGACCGGUCCAAUAGAGUACACCCUGGAUCUGGAGAUGGUGUCUGUCAACCCCCUUAUCAGCUACCAGACCAGCUCUGCCCUACGACUGUCUGUCUUUGUGGGACCUUACACCUUCUGAGGAGAGAGAUGGAGUAAAGAGAGAGAGCAAGAACAGAAAUAGAGAGUGGGAGGGAAAUGAGAAGAGGAAAACUGUUAAGGACAUGAGACAGAAACACUUCUCAGACUUAUUUCUGCUAUACUACUAUGUAUCUUUAAAACAACUGCCUGGGGAAAAGCUAGUUGUGAAAGCAUUCUUUCAUAAUUCUGUGAGUCACCAGACACACAUCCUCAUGCACAUGCACACACACAAGUGGUGGCUGGUGCCACUUUAAAUGGGAGGACAGGCUCAUUAUAAUGGCUGGAAUUGAAUAAAUGGAACUGAGUCAAACUUGUUUUUGAUACUGUUCCAUUUAUUCUAUUCCAGACAUUAUUCCCUCCCUUUACCAGACUCCUCUGACACACACACAAGGACACACGCAUGGCACACUGGGACAGGGUGCAUAUGGCUGGCGCACGGGUAUAUCGCAAUAGGUUAAGACAGUUCAAUCCGUAAUAUUCCCAGACAGUUAUAUUAACAGAUUAACCUAUCACCUUGUAUUCACCAUAGUUGGUAUCGAGCCUCUUCACCAUAAUUUCAAUAGUCUGUUGCUGCACAGAAGACUAGCUAAGUUAUAUAGAGGGACAUUGUUACCAAGGAAAUUGAUAAAAACAUCCAUUCAAGGCUACCCAUUACAACCCAUGUUAUACUGUUCUCUUUCUCUCCAUCAAGGAUGUCGUUUUUUCUUUUUUUACAACUUACGGUUGGUUGUUUUGACAUGUUACUAAAAAUUAAAAUAAUUGAAACCAA